ACCGUCUCUCUUCGCAUGAAAGUCUUUAAGCGCUUACAACUUCCGGAAAGUGUCACGCUGUCCUCCAUCGGCGCAUAUCACCGUCCACAGAGGGUCAAAUCGGGAAAACUUACACGAAAUCAUGGUGUUCGAAGAUAAAAUGAUCACGAAUGGAGAGCCAGAAGAGGAGGAGGAAGAAGAAGAGGAGCAGGAUUUGGUGGACCCAUUAGAGACAGUGCGUGAGAAGUGUGAGCAGACGGAGCAUUGCGUUCACACUCGUGAGCGGCUCGAGGCGUGCGAGACACGGGUCGGCUCUCGCUCAGAGACAACAGAGGACUGUACGGAGGAGCUCUUUGACUUCCUGCACGCUCGUGACCACUGUGUGGCCCACAAGGUUUUCCAGUCAAUCAAAUAAACAGAGCAUCUCAGCUCUCAGAUGUCUGCUUAUAGAAAUACAGUGCUCGGUUAUUUAUAAGGUGUGAUUUCUGUCCCAGAUUCAACUAUUCUCCAUAACCCAUAGGUUCUUCAGAUUGUCAAUUUUGCUGAAUUGUGACUAAAGUGUUAAUAACUGUGCUCUGUUUUCAUCUCUCAUGUGUCCUCUGUUGUUGAGUUCAGUAAAGAGGUGAUGUUGAUACAGAAUUUGGGUUUAUUGCUAAUGUCAAAUAACAGAUAAACAAUAAAGAAGAAAAGACAA